AUGACUUGGGUACAGAACGCAACCCCCGAAGUCGACGCUCAGUCCGAGUACCCGACCAUCAUCGCCGUCUGCAGCGUGCUCUCCGUCUUGUCGAUUGCCACGGUCUCUACGAGGCUAUGGAUCCGAUUCUCAGGCUACGGCCUCUGGGCUGACGACUGGUUUUCGGCCCUGUCCAUGACCUUUGCACUCAUCUACUCCAUCCUCUGCAUUGUCCAAACGAGGCUUGGUCUUGGACUGCCCAUUGCCCUUAGACCUGAGGCGAAUCUGGUCCUGUUUACUCGAGUCAACUUCGCGGGACGACCCAUAUACCAGAUCGGAGUUAGCUUCUUCAAGAUCGCUCUGCUCGUCAGCUAUCUGCGCCUCUUUAAAGGAACAAACCAGAUGACAUACCGAAGGCUGGUAUGGGGGUGCAUUGUCUUGGUCUUUGCCGCACACCUGGCCUGCACGUUUGCCUUGGUUUUUGCUUGCUCGCCGAUCGAUAAAUCGUGGAAUCCCUUGAAAGAAGGGAGUUGCCUCCCCUCCGGACCCUCAUUCAGAGCCUACGCCAUCGUCACCAUCCUGUGUGACGUGAUCGUCGCUGUCUUGCCGGUUCCUGUGCUUCUCCGGCUCAACAUACAUAAGAACAAAAAGGUCGCACUCAUCGGCAUCUUCCUUCUCGGUCUCUUCACCACCAUCUGUUCGAUCUUGCGAUGCAUCCAGAUCAAUCGCAUCCAGUAUGGUGAUGGCAACUCAACACAACUCGUCUUAUGGGGAACAGUUGAGUUCAACGUCGGUAACAUGGUCUCUUCCCUGCCCUUCCUGGCCCCGGCAUUCAUGCGACGGGCCAACGAGUACGUGUCCAACAGCAAAGGAGAGUCACGCGAAAGGUCUAGGCAUCUGGGGGCAGGUGGCUCCCAAGCCUACAAGCUCAGUAGUGUCAACCGCUGCACCGCAUUCGUCAGCGGGCACCACAACGACAGCGACGAGAACAUCCUGGUGGUGCAGCAGCCGGAUAACUCCAUCAUCAAGUCAGUCACGUAUACUGUCAGGGUCGAGGACGAGGAAGAUGCAAUCAAGCGCGACGAGCCCCGUGCGCUCUAG